AUGGAUGUAACAAGUGAACAUUAUGAACCAUUUAAUGAAGCUGAAGAUAAUGAGGGUUUUGAUACUGAAACUUGUGAUACUGCAACUAUCACUACUGAUUUAUGGACAGCAAGAUCUAAAGUAGGUUACAUAGGUGUUACAUGCCACUGGCUUACACCAGAUUUUGAACUAGUUGAUGUCCUACUUGCAAUUGAAAAAAUGCCAUAUCCACAUUCAAAUCAAACGAUUCUUGAAUAUCUAAAAAAUAAAAUUAAUGAAUUUGGGCUUGAAGGGAAAUUAAUUUGUGGCAUAACUGAUAAUGGAAGUAACAUGAAAAAAGCAUUUGAGUUGUGGGAAGAAGUUGAACGAAUUCCAUGCACUGCUCAUGUACUUCAAUUAACUAUAAAUAAAGCACUUGGAUCAAUCAAACCAUAUGUCAAAAGAUUUAAAAAAUUGGUUAAAUUUUUCACAUCAUCUCCAAAACAAACUGAAAGGUUAAAUAAUGCUCAAUUAGAAAUUUCUGUACGUGGUGGUCAACAACAAGAUUUGGGUCAGAAUAAUUUAAUACAUUUUCAAAGUAAUGAUGAUGGAAAUGAUAAUGCUGUUAAAACAAGGUGGAAUGCAUCUUAUAAUUCAUGGGUUAGAUUGUUGAAGUUGCGAAAGUCAAUUGAAUGGUUGGCAAAUACUUUACCUUAUGAACCUGGAAAAGAUUCUAAAUCUGAUGCUCGUAGGCUUAAAUAUUUAUUAUUGAAGAAUUAUGAAUGGGAAUUGCUAGAAAAAAUUUUGUCACUUCUUAAACCUUUUGAAGAGGCAACAACUUUUUUUUCUGGUGCUCAAUAUCCCACUUUAUCAUUAAUGUAUCCAAUCAUACAAAAAUUAAAAGUAAAGUUUGCAUGUGGAGAAGAGCAGGAUGGUAAAGAAUUUGAUAUAAGUGUACCAAAUCUUAACAAUGUUGCAUUAAAUUUUCAGCGAAAAAUUUAUAAUUCUUUAUUUGAUUAUUGGGAUAAAACUUCAGAUCUUGGUUUACUGGCAACUAUAUUGGAUCCUCUAAAUGAAAAUUCUUCAAAUUUGUCAGAAACAUCAAGAUAUUCAUCUAAUUUUUUUGAAUCAAUUUUUGAUAAUGAAGAACAUGAUGAGAUAUCUGAAUUUAAAUGUCAAUUAAAUUCCUAUCAUAACCAUUAG